CCAUGUCCCUCCCCAACCGCGAGCGCACCGCCAACCUGCUCACCCUCAACACGGCCAUAGCCAAGUGGCCCGAGCUCGACGGGCCGCCCCUCCCCACCAGACCGCUGCUCAAGGACGACUGGACGGUAUACGUGCAGCUGCGGGCCAAGGGCGGGCAGAGGAUGGACGUCGAUAACUACAAAGAGUACGUCAAGGCUGUGGGUGUGAUGAGGAGCCUGCGGGAGUUCUGGCCGCUGUACGAGAUGGUGCCGAUGCCCUCCCAAAUGGACCGCAAGAAGUAAGAAUUCACGAGAAAGGACAAUGGAUGGAUGGAUGGAUGGGUGCAUCUGGGUGUUCUGUUCUGCGGCGUAUCAUGCUAUGCUGCCUUUGCAGGGUGUGUUUGAGUGAUGGGUCUAAGGAGGAGGUUGAGGGAGUGAUGAUCUUCAAGUGAGAAAUAUCACGCAACAAACACGACACAACACAACACAACACAACACACACAAGACGACACAACGCACCGAUGUUGGGUGUGUUCGUGUGUGUGGUGUGUGGUCUGCGGUGUGGUGUGGUGUGUGCAGGGACCGCAUCGAGCCCAAGUGGGAGCACCCGGCCAACAAGGGGGGAGGCAGCAUCCGCUUCGCCUUCCAGUACCGCAAGCUGGCCUCACUCGACCUCGGCAGCAAAGUCACCACCGGCGGCAUGGGCAUAGUCGGUGAGCCGGGGUGGGGUGGGGAGGGGGGAGUCCGGGCGGAGGGAACACGACAAUCCUCUGUGUGUGUGUGUGUGUGUGUGUAUGUGUGGUGUGGCAGAUGAGUACUGGAUGUCGUUGGUGUGUGCCGCGAUUGGCAACACCCUCCAAAACUACGACAUCAUCGCAGGAGUCAAGCUGGUGGGUGGGUGGGUCAGUAGAUACACCAGACAACUGGCUGGUGCGCACCGUUGCAAUAUAUGCGUUGCGCUAUCUCUCUGUGGGUGUGCCCUGCGUGUGUGCAGGUGCGCAAGGACCGCGAGAUGCGUAUCGAGCUGUGGUUCACUAAGGCGGACAAGGGUACCACACCCACACCCACACCCGCACCCGCACCCAAGCAGGCAGAGACAUAUCCGUCUGGAUGUGUGUGUGUGUGUGUGGGUGUGGGUGUCUGUUGAUGUCAGGUGACGUCGCUGCGCUCAAGGCCGAGGCCAUCAAAGCCAUGUGCACGGCCAUGGUAUCAUCGAUAUGGACACACGACUUCCACCCGCCAUAUGUGCGCAGGGUCGUCCCCCGUGUGUGGUGUGUGUGGUGUGUGUGGCGUGUGUGGUGUUGGUAUGUAUGUGCGUGCUGCAGGACGGCAAGCUGUACGAGUUCGUCGGCACGACACAGACGACCCCGCACGAGAGAUUCCUCAACGGAUCCCUCAGCAAGAUCUGAACGACUCACACGCAGACAGACAGACGUAGGUAGAGAUAGAUAGAUAGACAACGCAGAAAGGGCUGACCUGACACUACACACACUCCGGUUGUGGUGCCAAUCCUCUCCAGCACCCUCCAUCUUUUU